AACUCACCCAUUGUAUAUGGUCUUAAACUAACUCACGUAGAUGCAGCCAAAAAACACUAGUUCCAAUUAUUCCAAUUAUCUAAUCUAAAGAAAACAAAUAAACGCCACCUAGGGUUUGCUCUUCGACUCACUUCUUCUUCAACCUUCUACUCUCUGAGGCUCACUCCUUGCACCGUCGCCGUCUCCGCCACCGUCGCCGACAGGUCUAUUACUCAGUUAGAGUUUUCAUUGGAAGCUGCCACAAUGUCGCGGAAGGGUUUGAUGGAACAGGACCUCAGCAAGCUGGAUGUGGCUAAGUUGCAUCCACUUUCUCCUGAAGUCAUUUCUCGCCAAGCUACUAUUAACAUUGGCACCAUAGGCCAUGUGGCUCAUGGAAAGUCAACAGUUGUGAAAGCAAUAUCAGGCGUUCAGACUGUGCGUUUUAAGAAUGAGUUGGAACGUAACAUUACAAUCAAGCUUGGCUAUGCGAAUGCCAAAAUAUAUAAAUGUGAAGAUGAACGGUGUCCAAGGCCUAUGAGCUACAAGGCUUAUGGAAGUGGAAAGGAAGAUAGUCCUAUGUGUGAUGUACCAGGGUUUGAGAACUCCAAGAUGAAAUUGUUGAGACAUGUUUCUUUUGUUGAUUGCCCGGGACAUGAUAUUCUCAUGGCUACAAUGCUUAAUGGAGCAGCAAUCAUGGACGGAGCUUUGCUACUCAUUGCUGCUAAUGAAAGCUGCCCUCAACCACAAACUUCUGAGCAUUUAGCUGCUGUGGAAAUUAUGCGUCUACAGCACAUUAUAAUCCUUCAGAACAAGGUAGACCUGAUUCAAGAAAAUGUGGCAAUCAAUCAGCAUGAGGCGAUUCAGAAGUUUAUACAAGGAACUGUUGCUGGUGGUGCACCAGUGGUACCUAUUUCAGCACAGUUGAAGUAUAAUAUUGAUGUCGUGUGUGAAUAUAUUGUGAAAAAGAUCCCAAUCCCUGAAAGGAACUUCAUUUCUCCACCAAAUAUGAUAGUAAUUCGAUCAUUUGACGUCAAUAAACCCGGUUAUGAGGUUGAUGAAAUAAAAGGAGGCGUAGCUGGUGGAAGCAUUCUGAGGGGUGUUUUGAAGUUCAACCAAUUCAUUGAAGUUCGACCUGGGAUAAUUGUUAAAGACGACAGUGGAAACAUUCGAUGCACACCCAUAUACUCGAGAAUAGUUUCAUUGUAUGCUGAACAAAAUGAGCUUCAAUUUGCUGUGCCGGGAGGCCUUAUUGGUGUCGGGACAACGAUGGAUCCCACUUUGACACGUGCUGACAGGUUGGUAGGGCAAGUUCUUGGAGAGGUUGGAUCACUGCCUGAGGUUUUUGUUGAACUUGAGGUAAACUUUUUCUUGCUCCGGAGGCUUCUUGGUGUCCGGACAAAAGGCUCUGAGAGACAGGGUAAGGUAACUAAGCUGACUAAAACAGAGAUGCUUAUGUUGAACAUAGGGUCAAUGUCAACAGGUGCAAGAGUAAUUGCUGUGAAGAAUGACCUGGCGAAAUUGCAACUUACUUCCCCCGUGUGCACUAGCAAGGGUGAGAAGAUUGCACUCAGUCGACGUGUCGAGAAGCAUUGGCGCCUUAUCGGGUGGGGUCAAAUCCAAGCUGGACUCACCCUUGAUGUCCCUCCUGCUCCUCUACUGAAUUGAAAGACGAGUUGAAAGACAAACAGAACAGUUAUAAAAAUCUGAGAUGAAUUUAGAUAUGUUGGAAGGAAGACCACUGUUGGGAACCAUUUUUUUUAGGUGGAGAAGAAAACAUUUGAAUUUAGCAAAUUUUGUUUCAUUAUCAUUUCUAUUUUUAAUUCUCACUGCUGUCAACCUAUUACUGAAAUUGUCUGUCUGAUCACUGAUUGAGUUUAGGCUGGGAGGAACAUCUCAGCUUGCACAUUUUUUAUUCCAUUCCAUUCCAUGUUCACCUUAGCAA